CGAGAAAAUGCUAUACCAUCAGUUUUCCCUACACACCCAAAACAUUUGCAAAAGGAGUCGAAGAAAAUGUUUACGAACCAGUUUGGUUUGCAUACCAGCUUAUGGGAUCGUUUCUUCUCCCAGUAUAUAACAACAAGAUUGGUUUGAAUUCAGAUACGCAAUCAACAUCAUCAGAAACACUUGGCGAAGAAAUGGUGAAUAAAGCCCAGGAGACAGAAAAUUACAACAGUGUGGUGGGUUCCUCGACUCCUGCAUCUACAGUUUCUUCACCAUCUACAAGUAAAUCUAUGGAGAAAUCUCGUUGUCGCACUGCUUUGAAUAUAGCGGAACAGCUAAUGACCAGGGCCUUUGGUCAAUUAACGAAUGUACUUAGUCAACGUCCAUCAUGUGCAAAUGCUGAAGAUGAUGAAUGUGAUAUGUAUGGUAAGCUAUUAGCUAAAAAGAUGCAGGAACUGCCUCAAGAUGACAGGAAAUUAAUGAUGUAUGAAAGAGGUCAUUUUCGUGUGAAACACCAUUCCCUCAUAAUUCAUUUCAAUAUUCUAGACCAUCAUCAGUGUCAAGUGGAUAUAUAGUAGUACCAAACUGCUCAGCACAUGUUCAGACGUCAUUUUCUGAACCUUCUACCCCAAGUCAUGACCCCUUCACUAUCAAUCCCAUCUCCAAUUUUGAAAGAUCCUCCACUCCUUUACCACCACCACAUAUCCUUGAAAUAGAGAUGACAACGUAACUAUUUACACAACCAAAUCCAACCCUUCAAAGCCCACCUCUACAAUUACAGUAAUAACCGGUACUGGUAUUUGAUGGAAUAAUCGUGCUUCAGAGGCAAAACAUUAUUAACGAAGCAUUCGAGAAAGCUUACAAAGAUUUUGAGCAGUAUGAUACUAGAGCAUAAGUAAUAACAAUUGUACAGAUCACUGAUUAAUAUUUUUGUACA